GUACAAAGUAAAUCGUAGCAGCAAAGAGGCAACCGAAGCCUCACAAGACUACAAAACUUUGCAAAUUAUUGCGUGCUUUAGAAAAGUUACGCUCCAAAUCACACGCAUUUCAAGCAGUGUUGGUAUUGAAAUUAAAAGUAGUUAAUACAAGUGAGAUUAAAAUUGAAAGGAAAGCCACAAAUUAAAGUUUCGUGUUUAGGCAAAAAGUAAUUAAGCUCUCACAUCAAAUAAAUCAUCCAAAAGAAAAUGUCUUCAGCAUUCAGCAGUAUUUUGCAGACUUUAGGUCUCAACUCAACAUCCAAAAAAUCUGCUAGUGCUACAACAAGCCCAGCGCUACAUAAAUCUUUUCCACAGGAACCCAGCAAUGGUGUGCUACCACGCGGUCUUACAGAAAUACCACUCGCUGUUGUAGCGCAACAUGACGACUUCUCCGAUUGUUGGAUUGUCAUUUACGACCGCGUCUACGACGUCACACAAUUUCUGCGCGAUCAUCCCGGUGGCGAGGACAUCAUAAUGGAACAUGCCGGACGUGAUGCCACUUUGGCCUUCCACAGCACCGGCCAUUCACGAUCGGCCAUCGAACAAAUGGGUGAAUACCUAAUUGGCGAAUUACCUGCAAAGGAACGUAUUUUCCGAAAUGGCAGUGCAAAAGUGCUAUCCAUAGGUGUACCGCAGUGAAAAUGUGCUGACGCAAAGAGCAGAGGAUACUGGUGGAGAGAAAGAGUGAAAGUUAGAGUUAAUGAAUCCUUGCACACGACGCACUGAACUAGAUGCGGGUUCUACCUGUUGCAAAGCAUUUGCAUAUAUUUAAACGCUGAGCUACACCUUUAAUUCUCACUUCACUACUACUGACGCCCAACUGAUAACAACUUCCGAAUGACGAGUGCCACCCGAGUUCUUAUCAGCCUGUGGCGAGACGACAUACGCAUCGAUGGUACGCGCGACCCGGUAGCGUGCGUUGAAGUCGCACUCUUUCGAAUGUACGAAGAUAAGCACUAUAGUGCAGCUUCAGAUUGUCUGUACAUAUUUUAAUAAUUAGUAAAAACGCAAUUUCCAAAUAUUCAUGGUACAGAUGUAUGAAUGUGUGCACCAGAUCUUCAGCUGGAGAAUCAGCGGAAUUUGGCAGCAAAUUUUUUUCUCUAACAUUGAAGCUGUACAUUUUUAGAAUUCACUUUAACCCACUUUAAAAGUAAAUUAUAUAUACUUAUGUUUAAGCAUAAAUAAGUCGGGAAUAAUAGCUAUUGACUGCUUUCCUCUAUCAAAUUCCUAUUUUCAAUGUAUAUAUGUAUGUAUUAUAUUUGCAAUUAUUUCACUUCCUUAUG